CCAGUUAGUGCGAGAAUGUCGAGCUGGUCGCUUUGUCCGCUUUUACUGGCCUUCGCGGUUCACGCCGUGCUUGGAUCUGUGGAUUUGGCUGGUUCCCUGGAUCCGUCGCUGCUGGAGAACGUGGAUGUGGACCAGCUAAGGUCAAACUAUCUGCCCCAAGGCCUGCAAAACACCAAUGUGACCUUGGCCGACUUCCAAAAGUGGCUGCAGUCGAAGUGCGAGAAGGCCAAUGACCAUUUGCCGAAAGGAUCUGUUAACGCCUCUGCCCUGAGCAAGUCCAUCGAGGAUGCGGGCAUUCACCUCGCAGAAUGCCUCUCCGGAUUGGCCAAUAUGACGGAGAUCCAGGCGGAGAUCGAGGAGGCGAGUCCCAAGGGCGACCUGGACGUGGUCUUCGAGAAGUAUUGCCUCCGAUUGCCGCAGGCCAAGACCUGUCUGAAGAACUUCAACGACGCGAUCCUGCCCUGCCUGACCACCGAUGAGAAGACCCACAACGCGGUGCUGCAGAGGAUUGCGGACAAGCUGCUGGAGUUCAUAUGCUACAAGAACGGAGACCAGAUUGCGCUCUUUAUCGCCGAAGAGGGCCCGGAGUGCCUGCAGCAGAGUCGCGAAGGCAUCGCCAAUUGCCUGAACUCUUCCUUCGCCGGAUAUCUGCCCAAGUCGAUUAGCCCGGAGUGGGAUCUGCCCCAGCUGGUCUUGGGUCCGAAGCAGUGCGUCGACCUCUACGCAUUCGAGACGUGCACCGUCAGUCUGCUGGAGAAGUGCGAUACGAUCACUCCCAGCAAUAUCGUGGAGUCCAUGUUUCGAUACGUGAGGAAGGAGUCCUCCUGCCAGCCCCACAUCGACAGGGUCAAGCUGCAGCACCGCAGAGCCCUGCCCUUGACCAGUGGAUCCCAGUCCGGCUCAUCCGUAUCCCUUCAUCUCACCUGGACCUCUGCGAGCCUGCUAAUGGCCACUUUCCUCGCCCGACUGGCCUAACAUUCCCCGCUCUCUCUCUCUCUUUUUUUUUUGGUUGAUAUUUUAUAAUUAUGUUUAAUAAACUUUGCAAAGUCGGGAACGGAGUCUGUGCACCGGACGGACGGACGGACUGCUGCCCGGCGUAAGCCGCUU